AUGGAUGGCCCGGUUGGCAUGGAAGUCCACCUGCUGGUGUAUGACUUGUCCCGCGGCCUGGCCAAGGACAUUUCCCUGAGCGUCUUGGGGUUCCAGCUCGACGCCAUCUACCACACGUCUAUAGAGCUGCGCGGCCGUGAGUUUGUCUACGACGGCGGCAUCCUGGAGAUUGUCCCAGGCUCAUCGCACCUGGGCCGGCCGCAACAGCGGCUACGGCUAGGCACAACAUUGCUCCCGAUGGAUGUCAUUCGGGAGUUCCUGACUUCUAUAAAAUCCAUCUACACUGCCGAGGCAUACGAUCUAUUCAACCACAACUGCAAUAACUUCACAGACUCGUUUUCCAAUUUCCUCCUCGGAAAAGGCAUCCCAGAACACAUCACAAGCAUGCCGCAGGCUGUACUGGACUCACCUAUGGGCAGGAUGAUGUUGCCUCGACUUACCCAAGGCAUGAACGCACGGCGGAACGGCCUGCUCGGACUCGGUGAGACGGCCGCGAGUGCGGCCGAACCCAAGCGUCUCAACCAAGUCCACAACGCCAUCCGCAUCGAGGACUACCACCAACUUCUCGCCCAAUCCUCCAAAGCAGCCUCGGUCGUCUUCUUCACGUCGCCCACAUGCCCACCAUGCAAGGCGUUCUACCCCUUCUACGACCAAGUCGCUGAGCACUACGGGCGCUGCAUCGCCUUCAUCAAGGUCGACAUCUCACUCGCGCACGAAAUCGCCGCCAAGCACGAGGUCACCGCCACGCCCACCUUCCUCGCCUUCUUUCGCGGCGAGCAGCUCAAGCGCUGGACUGGCGCCGACCGGCACGCCCUCGAGAGCACCGCACGGCUGCUCGUGCAGAUGGGCACGCGGCUGCACGCCCACGACGGAUUGCAGCUGCCGAACUUGUCACCGCACGCGCAGCCUGUGCUGUACCCUAAGACGCCGCCACUUAGCAAGCUUCACGUCAAAAUGGGCGCCUUCAGCCUCAAACCCGACAUCCAGGCCGUCACGAGCUUCCUCGAGCUCCGCGAGAAGAAGCAGCCGGCCGUGCUCGGCACGUCGGGCCUUCUCACCCUGGGCCAGUGCGUCCGCGGCGCCCUGGACCAGCUCGCGCCGGACAUCGUCUUCACCGCUGUCGACCUGUUCCGCACUGCGCUUGCGGACCCGGACGUGAGUGUCUACUACGCCGAGGAGCGCGACGUACAGACCAUCGACGCCAUAGCUGCCUACGUCAACAAGUACGGCACCAAAUGCCCGUAUUCGAUGCGGCUCGUGACGCUCCACGCCGUGUGCAACAUGUUUUCCACGCCAGUCUUUGCCGGCAUCGUGCUCGGCAACGCAGCCUUUCGUCAGCGGGCGGUGUCGCUCAUCUCAUCCAGUCUCCUCGACGGUGGCCAUGCCAACGCGCGCGUCGCGGCCUCUUCGCUGCUCUUCAACCUCACGCUCGCGAACCGCCAACGGCGCAGGGAAGGUGACGCGCCCUCGGAGCGCCUCUCGGUCGAAGAGGAGGUGGAGCUGGCAGCCUCGCUGGUCGAGGCCGUUACGCAGGAGAACGAGUCGGCAGAGGCGCUACACGGAAUGCUCCUCUCGCUAGGUCAUCUCGUCUUUGGCAUCGACCAAGAAGGUGAGCUCGCGGACCUGCUCAGGGCGCUGGACGCUAAGGACAUGGUCCUAAGCAAGAAGAAGAUCUUUCCACACGAGAAGUUGGUCAAGGAGGUUGGGGAGGAGUUGUUGGGUAAAGGGCUACAUAGACCUUAG